CUAGCCAGUCUCAACCAUCCUGCUGCCAAAAUCUGUCGCUCUUCUCUUCCUACACAAUUAGAGAGUAAAGUCAAAGAAUCGCCAAGAUGUCAGAAAAAAAGAUGUCCUCGAGUAGGAGACAUUACCUCAAGAGCUUGAUGCUCUCCAUUGCUAAAGGCUUACUGGAAGAGGAGGCCAAGGAGAAAGAGGAGGAGAGAGAAAGAUGGAUGGAGGAAAACUGCCCUCCCCUUUCCCUGCCAUCGGGUUCUCAACAAUUAAUGGAGUUCUUGAAAGAGUUGCACCAUAAAAUUGACAGGAUAGAUGAGGAGAGAUAUGACCUGGAGAGCAAAGUGAACAAAUCCGCAAAGGAGAUUGAAGAUUUGAACAUUAAAGUUAUUGACUUGAAAGGCAAGUUCAAGAAGCCCACUUUGAGGAAAGUUCGUAUGUCUGCUGAUGCUAUGCUCCAGGCUCUGCUUGGCUCCAAGCAUAAGGUGUGCAUGGAUUUGAGAGCCAACCUGAAACAAGUGAAGAAGGAAGUCAAAGAGGAGGAUAAGGAGCUGCGUAACGUUGGAGACUGGCGCCAGAAUAUUGAAGACAAAUCUGGCAUGGAUGGCAGAAAGAAGAUGUUUGAGACAGAGAGUUAAAUUAGUCUACAUAUUUUACUUGCAUACUGUACAUCCCAAGCAAUGGAUAGCUCUUAAAUGUUUCAUCAUUUAAGCUUCUGACCACAACGGUAUAAUUGUGACCUGUGUAUGUUUCAGUUAAACAUUUUGCAUUAAUAAAUGCUUUUCAG